AUGGACCUACACCUGGCCAAGGCCAAGACCACCAGUGAUGGUGGUAGCAUCUCUGAAAUAACACAAUUAAGAAGGGGGAAAAAUCCUGCUGGGGAACAGCAGUCAGAGAGAGAAGUGGGAAUAUAUGACAACAACAACUCUGCAGACACCAAGGUCCAGCAGAACGACCUCAUUCUUCUGGAGCCCCACGAGGAGCUGGCGAUAUGCAAGUACUACGAAAAGCGGUUGCUGGACUUCUGCGCCGUCUUCAAGCCUGCCAUGCCGAGAUCUGUGGUGGGAACAGCUUGCAUGUAUUUCAAACGCUUUUACCUCAAUAACUCAGUGAUGGAGUAUCAUCCUCGGAUAAUAAUGCUCACAUGUGCAUUUUUGGCCUGUAAAGUAGAUGAAUUUAACGUCUCCAGUGCACAGUUUGUUGGUAACCUUCGAGAAAGCCCUCUUGGACAGGAGAAAGCACUUGAACAAAUACUGGAAUAUGAACUACUGCUUAUUCAGCAACUGAACUUCAAUCUUAUCGUCCACAAUCCAUACAGGCCAUUUGAGGGAUUUCUAAUCGACUUGAAGACUCGCUAUCCAAUACUGGAGAAUCCUGAAGUUUUGAGGAAGACAGCUGAUGACUUCCUCAAUCGAGUGGCUCUGACAGAUGCGUAUCUGCUCUUUACUCCCUCACAGAUAGCUCUCACUGCCAUAUUAUCUAGUGGUUCAAGAGCAGGAAUUAACAUGGAAAGUUAUUUAUCAGAAAGUCUUACGCUGAAAGAAAAGAGAACAUCCUUAACCAACCUACUAGAUGGCAUGAAAUGCAUGAAAAGUCUCAUAAAGAAAUACGAACUGCCAAGGCCUGAAGAGGUUGCUGCUCUAAAACAGAAAUUAGAGAAGUGUCACAGCUUGGAGCUUUCACUUAAUACAAACAUGAAGAAGAGGAAAGGUUACGAAGAUGAUGAGUAUGUCGCGAAGAGAUCUAAAAUGGAUGAGGAAGAGUGGACUGAUGAUGAUCUUGUGGACUAA